AUGAGGGUUGCAUUAAUCCGACACAGGUUAUGGUAAACGGAGCCAAGUAAGAGCACGAAGACUAAUAACUGCAGAACUACCUCUUAUUAUAGUGCUGUAUGUGGUUGUUUGGGCGAUUUAUGAGACAAAACCCAGCAAAAAUGGGAGACCAAGAAUAUCAUAUAUUACUAUGUCAUGGGCCCAACAAAUAUGAAAUUGUUGUGUGGGGCACCAUGACCCUGGAGGAGCUGACACACAAGAUAGAAACAGUAACGCAUAUUCUGCAAUCAAACCAGAAAAUUUUAUUCAAAGGGAAGAACUUAACAGACUGUAAUAUGACUUUAGCCUCUUAUGGUGUAGGGCCAGGAAUGAAGGUGAUGGUCUUGGGCAAGAAGUUUGAUCCUGAGGAUGAUCUCAAUUACCAGGCAGUUGUGCAGAUUGACCAGUCAUGUACCAGAGUAGAAAGAACAUUAUGUGACAUCAUUCCUCAAGUGGAUGGGAUCUCUGGUGGAUACCUGGAAUCAAGCUUGUGUGGAGAGACCUUAGGCAGAUUGAGGAAUCGACUUUUAACAGUCAAUGAAGAAUUCAUGCGUUUGUUGGAGCAACUUGAUGGUAUAUCUUUUGAGAUUCAGCUUGUGACAAUGUGACAGGUUUGAAUGGUGGGUGCAGUUAAGUCAGUCUUACAUGGCACAUGGCUUGAGUGUUGUAGAAAUACAGCUGGCAUCUGUUAAAUGUAAGAUAUGUGAAUUUUCUCAUACAGUUUUGUAGAGCAUGACACUUGAAAAGAGCCAUUUGUAUCAGAUGCUACCUUGCUUCACAUCCAGCCAUUCGUGAAGCACAUUAUUUUUUGCCCUGUUCAGAGAAAACAACUAGAUGCAUCUCUUUUUUGCAGUGUAAAAUGUGAUAUCCAUUGUGGUAUGUCAACUGUAGAUGAAGAGUUCAUUUCCAAAAUGUGGUGUAUGUCAUUUUCAUUCCAUGGAAAUGACAUAUGAAUUGCUUUUAAAUAAAAUGUCACAUAUGCCAGUGUAUAAUUACAGAAAUGUGAUUUCAUGUCAUCUCACAAUUUGAACUGCUUUCCUUUUAAGCAGGAAGUGGUUCAUAAAGAAAUAAAAUGACAUGCGUACAGUCAUGCUUUUCUUUAAAUGAAUUCUUCUGCUACAAAUUUACAGUUUUCUUGAGUAAACACAAACAAAAUGCAGUACAAAGUACUUAUUAACUGAUAUAUUCAGUGAUGAGAAAGUGGACUGACAAGACUAAAGGAGAAAGUUGUAAAUGGUGCUUGUGUGUACCAAAUGUGGCACUAGUGUCAAAAAUCAAAGAAACUGGCUCCUCUUUUUAUUUGUAUUAUACACAAUUGUUAUACAUGAAUUUUAAUUGUACAUUUCUUAUUAAUGGAAUUUUAAAAAAUCUGAAAAUAAAAAAUCUGAACUGUU